AUGCUCGCCCCCGCCGUCACCAUCGUUCUACCCCGCAAGAAACCAUCGGACGGAGACAACGGAAACCGAGAGAUAGCGCUUACUGCUGAGUCCAUUAGCAAACUAUUCAAGAUGCGUCAGUCUGACGCUGCAAAACACCUGGGAAUUUCUCUUACUGCGCUCAAGAGUGCAUGUAGAAGAGUAGGAGUGCACAAAUGGCCCUAUAUCCGCCAUAGGCCUCGUUGCUCACUGCAAGAUUGCUCCUUGCAGGAGUAUGCCCCUAAGAAAGACGACAACUUUGAAUCGCCAUGCAAGCCCUCAGGGUGGUUGAUGCAAGAACCGAGACGAGUCGAUUCCUCUUCGAUCACGUGGGAUUUCAAGACUUCUUUGUCUCAUGUGAGGAUCCCGACGCUGGUUGAGGAUGGUCCCAAUGUUCAUUUUCGAGUAUGCGGGCUCGGCUUGGAGGGUGCAGAGUUGCUAGAAGAAGCCUUCGAGCAUGUGUACCGAAGUCUGUAG